AUGAUAAGAGUAAUAUUAAUUCUUAAAAUAAAUCAUUUACAUUUGAUUGAGUAAUGUGAAAAAGGAAAUAAACUGUAUAAUAAAAUAUUAAAAUAGAAUAUACUACAACAAUAAUCCACGAGUUAAACUAAGUUUUGGAAAACUAUUCGCAAUUUUAGGCACCCAUAAUAUCUUGGAAUAUUUUCAUUAGCCUUCAGAGAUAUAUUUUUUGAUGAAAAUAUCAAAUAUGCUAUUUAAUUUGUUCCAAUAUAUUAAGAAUUAAUUGAACUUCAUUUAGAUUCAAAAUGCACAUUUGGGAAAUGAUAAAUAAUUUAAAAUGGGAUGCAUUGAAUUUGUAAAAUUUUAUUUAAAUAACUAUAUAACAAAAAUAAUGACAGUAAAAAAACUUUGAUCUAUCUAUGGAAUAUUUAGUGAAGGUGAAAAAAAAAGAAUCUACAGAAAAACUUAAAUUCAUGACAAAAAUUCUCGAUCACAUCUAAUUUUAGGCAUUUUUAUUGAAAAUGAAUCAUAAUAUUCUUGAUUAAAAUAAAUUGAUUUGUCAGAAAGUGAAAAGUUAUCAUCAUAAAAUGGUUACUGUAAAAAAUGGAGAGAAGGAAAUAUAAGACAUUUAUAACUAACAAUUUUAUGAUACUUGGUAUUUAGAAAUAUCAAACAAGUCUUAUUUUAAAGAUUUAGUCAGAUUAGAGAAUAUAAUAUUAAAAAAAAUCCUGAUCUUUUCUAAAAAUAUCUCAAGAAGUUAUAUGAAAAAAUUAACAAUAUAUAUUCUGAAAAACAUUGAAUAAAUUUAAAGAGAGAAACUACAGUGUAGUAUCAAUAAAUAAUCAUUAAAUUAUAUACUGCAAUUAUAAAUUUUCAUAAAAAAGGUAGUUAGGCUUAGAAAAUAUUAAAGUAUCUUUUAAUUUAAGAAAUAAAGAAUGGAGUUCGGCUAUUUGUGA